CCCGUUGCUGGGUGCUAAAGCAAACCCCGGCUCUGUUUACCGAGUCUACUAUUACAAUACGGCUACCAAAUAUUUGCCAGCCGCCAGCUCCCGCUCCGCUAUAAAUACUUCAGGCCCAGGUGGAGGGACGGGCAGGGGGAGCGGCGCGGGAGCCUUUGCAUGGCCGGGCGGCAGCGCCAAGGUGUCAUCCAGCCCCUGGCCGAGCUGCGCCUGCCCUCGCCCUUCCCACACAGCCUCCUGCUGCCCACACACCCUGAGCCCAACUUCCACAACCUCUCUGAGGAGGAGGAGGAAGAAGAGGAGGAAGAGGAGGAGGAAGUGGAGGCAGCAGAGGAGAACGUGAGGCCAGAGCCGGCCAUCUCCAGCACUGCCGAGACCACCCUCCGGCUCCUCAAGUUCUCGGAGCUCAUCAGCUGUGACAUCCAGCGGUACUUUGGGCGGCGGGGCCGGGAGGAGGCCACUGGCACCCAGCCCGUGCCCAAGGACUGCGAGUCACCCCGGAGCACCGGGGCCCAGCCCGAGGCCCCGCGGGGCAGCCCAGGGGCUGCGCACAGGUUGGGUCCGCUGGCCGAGCUCUUCGAGUACGGCGUGCACCGCUGCCUGUCCCCGCGGGCGGCCGGUAGCCGGACACAGCGGCUGGAGAGGAAGUACGGCCACAUCACCCCCAUGCACCGCAGGAAGCUGCCGCCCUCCUUCUGGAAGGAGCCAGGCCCUGCCAGCCUUCUCCACACUGGCACCCCCGACUUCAGCGACCUCCUGGCCAACUGGACGGUGGAGCCAGGGCCGGAGCUGCCGUGUGCCGGGCGGGAGCUGCCGCUGGAGCCGGGUCGCCCGGGGCUGGAGGCCGAGCCCUUCCCUGGGCUGUGA